AAAAAGUCAGUCAGUGAGUAGAAUAAAAUAAAGAUGGUGGUUGAAGUGAAAUGAAAACUGUUCUAUUUAAUGUAAUAAAAUUAUAAUUAAACACGGUGAUGUUUAAUAAACAUUCAAAAAAUGUCUACUCCAGUGUCUAACCGUAAAUAUGGGGCACAAAAAAUUAGACUUACGAUAUUAUGCGCUAGAAAUUUAGUUCGGAGGGAUUUGUUUCGUUUACCGGAUCCUUUUGCGAAGAUAUCAGUUGAUGGCAGCGGUCAGGUCUAUUCAACUAGUGCUGUCAAAGCAACAUUGGAACCGAAAUGGAAUACUCAUUACGAUCUGUAUCUCACCAAAGGUGAAGGAAUAACAAUCAGUUUGUGGAAUCAACGUAAAAUACAUAAAAGACAAGGGUCUGGUUUCCUGGGUUGUGUAAGAAUUCAGCCGUCCACAGUUCACAAGUUGAAAGACACGGGAUAUCAAUGCCUGGAGCUCUGCGAGGACAGUACGGGUGAGGUGUGCGGUGUUCGCGGUCAAGUAAUCGUGUCGCUUCUGUCCCGGGACGGAGCCCGCGGCGAGCAGGCCUCUACUGUGGGCGAAGGCUCCCCGCUGGCUGUAGUGGGCCCCGCGGGUGAUGUUCGAGCGCCGAGAGAUUCAGUCAGUACCGAGACACCGCUACCAGCUCAUUGGAAACAGAGGUUUACACCCGCUGGAAGACCUUUCUACAUAAACCAUCAGCUCUGUCGAUCGCAAUGGGAGCGUCCGAGUACUUCCCCCCUGUCACCGUCGUCUCCUACGGCCCCCCCGACCGUGUCCCAAAAUCUCCCCGUAUCCCAAAACUCCCCCGUGUCCCAUAAUUCCCCUGAAUCCCCUAAUUCCCCUGCGUCCCCUAGUUCCCCAAUUGCCCCCUCCUCGCCCACAAUGCCAUCCUCCCCUGUAUCCGAUGACAGCCAUGUAGCUUCUAUAUCCUUAAGACCGGAACCUCAACCCCAGACAGCGAUCCGAAGUCGUCAGUCAUCCACACCGUCCUCAGUCAAUGUUACGCCGAUAGCGACGUCCGAUCUACCGCCCGGAUAUGAGAUGAGAAUUACGGUUCAAGGUCAGGUGUACUUCUACAACGGCAGCACCCGCUCGUCCACGUGGCACGACCCACGUGUCCCACAACACCUGAGACACUGCGCCGCGGUCGCCGGGCCACUACCGCCCGGCUGGGAGAUGAGGCACACACACUCCGGACGGCCGUACUUCGUUGAUCACAACAACCGCACUACACAGUUCACUGACCCCAGACUAGCUUUGACCACCAGAAUUGCGCCGCCGACUGAAGCAGUACAAUCUACAAGCCCGCCGUCUACAAACCCGAGUACUAACUGGCCUGCAGACAACGACGUUCUCCCUAAGUACAAACGAGACCUCGCGGCUAAGGCGAGGGUGUUGAGAGCUGAGCUACAGGCAUUACAGCCACAAACAGGACACUGUAGGAUUGAAGUAUCACGUAACGAAGUACUAGAAGAAUCGUACCGUCUCGUGAUGAAGUUACGGGGUAAGGAGUUGAGGAAACGCCUGCUCGUCAAGUUCCGCGGUGAAGAGGGGCUCGACUACGGCGGCGUGGCCCGCGAGUGGCUCCAUCUAUUGGGGAGGGAACUGUUCAACCCGCACUAUGGACUGUUUCAGUACGCUAAUGCUGGCGAUGACAGAUAUGCGUUACAGAUUAAUGCCGACUCUGGGGUGAAUCCAGAACAUCUUUCAUAUUUCCACUUCGCUGGUCGUAUCCUCGGAGUGGCUUUGUUCCACGGACACCAACUAGACGCUGCCUUUACUGCACCCUUCUAUAAGCAGCUACUAGGAAGACCCAUCACCCUCAGGGAUAUACGAGAUGUUGACCCAGAACUGCACAGAUCAUUGUCUUGGAUGCUUGAAAAUAGCAUAGCCGGUGUCAUAGACACGACAUUCUCCGUCGAGAGUUCGUCGUUCGGGGCAGUGCGAAGCGUAGAAUUGAGGCCGGGCGGGACCAACGAAGCAGUCACAGAUUCAAACAAAAGAGAUUACGUACGUCUGUAUGUAGCACAUAGGUUUACUAGAGGAGCGGAAAGGCAAUGGCUGGCAUUACAAAGGGGUCUGGCUGACAUUAUUCCACCGCAACUCCUACAACCACUAUCUCCCAGAGAUCUCCAACCUUUACUGGCUGGAAGAGCUGAUCUCGACCCUGUAGAUUGGAAGCGGCACACUCGCCUGAAACACGUGAAUCCAGACGCGCCAAUUGUUGGUUGGUUCUGGGAGAUAGUCGAGGAGUUCGACGCGGAAAUGCGAGCUAGGUUAUUGCAAUUCGUUACCGGGUCGAGACGCGUUCCCCUUGCUGGGUUCAGGGCUUUACAGGGUUCUACGGGAGCGGCGGCUCCUAGACUAUUCACUUUACAUUUGGUCGCUGAUGCGUCACCGGAUUCCCUGCCCAAGGCGCACACGUGUUUCAAUAGACUUGAUCUGCCGCCGUAUCCGACCAAGGAAAAAUUACACGACAAACUGAAACAGGCCGUGUUGGAAACGGCCGGAUUUGCCGUCGAAUGAGAUUAUGAUAUACGAGUGAAUUAUAUGUUCUGUAUAUAUAUAAAUAAUAUUCUUCUACACCAAUCAUUUAUAAGACAAAUAUGUAAAUGAAACGUAAUUAAUGAGACUGAUUAAAUUGAAGAUUGACAUGACAAAAUUUAAUGGCAUCUAUUAAAUUAAAAUAAAAAAAAAUGAUAAACAAAAAUCGAAAACAGUCAAAUAAAGUUCAAUUCUAAUAUAAAAUGCCUUAUCGGUUAAUAUGUACCUGCAGAAUACAAUACAAAUACAUGUAUUAAAACUUCCAUUAACUUUUAAUAUUGGUCUAUGUAUUGACGCUUGUUCGUUACAAAUAAGUAUUGUUGCAUUUUAAGCCUUAAUGAUAAAAAACAUUGGUAUGAUGCUCAAAUGUAUUUACACACUUCAUGUAUGCUUGAUCGAGCUUAUGAAUUAUAUUAAUAAUAUUGUGUUCAAUUUAUUCCUCAUUAAAUAAUUUUGAAUUGUUGACUAAAUCGAAGUAGCGUCUGUGAGAAAACUACAUGCUUUCUUGUUGGCCUAUACUUAUACAUCAAUGUAUUUUGAAAUAUACCAUUUAUCUAUAAUUGCUGCCUAAUGUUACAGCAUAUUUUAUUUUUCAUUAAAAAAUUGUAUAUAAUUGAUUUCAGUACAAAGCACAAGGAAUGUGUUCUUUUACAAAUAUACAGUGAUUAUAUUUAAUAAAAUAUUGUUAUUGAAAUCGCGAGGCCAUUGCUCAUAAGGUGCCUUUUUAUUUAAACAAACACAUUUACAAUAUUUGCACAUGAAAAUAAAUAUGUUAAAACAAAUGAAAUAAUCAAUAUAGAUAAUUAUUUAAUUUGCUUAACAUUAUAUUACAUAAUAUAUUAUUAUAGUUUUUACUAAGGAUAGUUAUUAUACUGUAUUAUUGUAUUAUAAAUAUUUUAGGUGAUGAACAAUGAAUAUUUAUAACAAGGAUGAGUGCCUUUUACCUUUUAAUAACAUAGAGAUGUAGCUUAGAUUUGUAUGACUGUUAGCAAUGUAAUGAUUUAAUGGUUAUCAUACCUGCAUUGAAAUAAACGAUAUUUUUGCACAUU